AUGGCAUUCAAUAUUCUUGUGAUAUCAGACCUCAUCGUCGAGAAGACUCGGAAUUACAAGCCUGAUCUCAUCGGAGAGAUCAGCAGCGGAAUGAGGAGUGUUUCAUUGGAAAUUCUCACACCCCCAACUUCUCCUCCGGUAUCUAUACCAUCGGUUGUUGGCUCUUCCAAAUCAACCGCCACCUCCGAUUCGAUCAACGUGCCUCACAGGAUGUAUUCUCCGCAAACCUUCCAGUAUCUUGGCUUCUCGCCAAACGUAGCGAAGUACCUGUUUGGAAAGCUGGAGAAGCGCAUGGAAGAUUUGGGGGAAGAAGAGCCCGACUUGCUUGCAUAUUGGCAAAGCUAUGUCAGGCACAAGUGCGACGAGAUAGAAGACACAAGCGACGAUUGGGAGGAAGCGAUGGACAGCGUGGGGAUACACGGCCGCAUGCGAAAUGCAUUGCUUGAUCCUAAGCAUGUGUCGAUACGGGGCAUUCAGUCACUUUCGUCCUGGCUUUGCGAGAUGAUCGAGACGAACUAUGACGCUCUCAUCGACCUUCCCGAUACAAUCCUACUGCAUGUCGAGCCCGACCACCCCUACAUUCGUGGUGGAGGUUUCGAGGUUGACUACUCAGUCCCAGCCACUCUCGGCGGACACAUCAACCUUUUCAAAUCUGUCGCGCUCAAGAGAGCUCGUAAUGUCAUCGCUGAGGAUGGCACCAUCGACCUGGUUGACCUCCAGAGUUCCGAAGGUACAGACUUCGCGAUUCGUGGAGGCCUUUACUUCACCCAUCAAAUGUGGGUAGCAACUCAUUAUUCAAGGCUCAUAGGGGAUGCCUGCCCCGUGUGCGAUCGGAGAACGAUCGAAAUUUCUGUUCCUCUGGAGCAUCUGAAGAAAGAGAACAUGCUCGAGCUGGACUUUGGUGGGAUGUGGAAGCGCCUAAUCUUCUACUCUCGGCGGUGCGUAACCUACCCAAAGGAUGUCAGUCGCUUGCGAAGCGAUCACCACGUAGUGCACGGCCCCAUAGCACACACGGCCAACCAGUCGUUUUCAAAGAUGAAGGAUCCGGAGGAGAUUCAGAAGAAGCAUAUGCUUUGGGAAUUUCAAAAGGAGCAGAAGGGAAAAUUGGGGAAACAAUAUGUCUGGCUGAAGGAAGAAGCAGUCGAAAGACUGAGUGAGGUAGUGAGGGAGAAGGUGUGGAUGAGGAGGCCCGAGCAGAGCUACGCACUCGUCGAGUCUCCGUAG